AUGAGCUCUACCGUAACGGUGACCCAGCAACCGGCGAUUACGGCCGAAAAUGUAUUGCGACUGUUCCCCGAAGUCAACACGAGCCUCAUCGGAGGCUCUCACAACUCGGCUACAAGUGACAGCGCGCUAGAGGGUUAUGAUGAAGAGCAGAUUCGUCUCAUGGACGAGGUGUGCAUCGUGCUGGACGAUAACGACAUUCCUAUUGGCAGCGCCACCAAGAAACUCUGCCAUCUGAUGGAGAGUAUUGACCGAGGUCUACUGCAUCGUGCUUUCUCUGUCUUCCUCUUCGACUCUCAGAACCGACUCCUUUUGCAGCAGCGCGCGACCGAAAAGAUCACGUUCCCGGACAUGUGGACAAACACUUGCUGUUCACACCCACUAGGUAUACCUGGCGAGACCGGCGUCGGACUCGAGGAAUCGGUGCAGGGUGUACGUCGUGCGGCGGUACGCAAGCUGGACCACGAGUUAGGCAUCAAAGCAUCCCAAGUCCCCAUUGACGACUUCAAAUUCCUUACUCGGAUACAUUACAAGUCGCCCAGCGAUGGCAAGUGGGGUGAGCAUGAGAUCGACUACAUCCUCUUUAUCAAAGCAGACGUAGACCUUGACGUGAACCCAAAUGAGGUCCGAGACUCUCGUUGGGUGAGCCAGGAUGAUCUGAAGACCAUGUUCAAGGACAAGUCCCUAAAGUUCACGCCAUGGUUCAAGCUGAUCUGUGAGAGCAUGCUUUACGAGUGGUGGAACCACCUUGACUCAGGCCUGGAGAAGUACAUGGGAGAAACUGAGAUUCGACGCAUGUAA